UUCAUCAUUACAAUACCAAAUUGGUAAUAGCAUUGAAAGUUGAUGUGCUAAAAAAUUAGACAACUACUGAUAUAUAUCGGUGUAGUAUGGAGGUAAAAAAAAUAUUAGAAGCAGCAGCUACAGGAGAUGUAGCAAUCCUCAAUGAAAUUUCUCACCUUACUAAUGCUGUUAAUCUCCUCUGUAGUACAGUUGAUGAGGGUGCGAACAACAUCAUUCACAUUGCAGUGAAAAAUGAUAGGGAAAUUUUCAUUGGUAAAGCUUUACAAAUGGUACCACAAAUAUUAUUAUGCAAAAAGAAUAACAAAGGGAGGAACGUUUUUCACUUAGCUGCCGAGAGAGGGCAUAAGCAGAUUGUGGAAGCCCUUGCCGACAGUUUUCAUCGUGCUGCUAAAGUUCCCCAUACAGGGCAAGAAGAGGAAGUUAGGGUAGAGAUUGGAAGUGAUCAGCCACCAUGGAUCGAAAGAGAUUUGAAGGGGGUGAACCCGCUCCACAUAGCAAUCAAGGGUGAUCACCAGGAAGUAGCAAUGUAUUUGCUAUCGCUUGAUCCUUUGGAGUUAAUUUGUGAUGCUUGUGACGAAGAUGGUGGCAGUCCUCUCUACCUUGCAAUAGAGAAGGGGUGGGAAGAGGCUGCCUUGAAAAUGUUGGAGGUAAAAGACAUCCCAUACAACCAGCCCAACUAUCGAAAUCCCUUAAGCGUAGCGCCCUACUGCUCAGAAAAAGUGUUUAAAAAACUGCUGAAGGAAUACCCAACCCUUGCCAAGAAAAACAAUAAACGUCAAGAAAUCUUCCUUCAUGAAUGGGUAGACGAGGUUGAAAAUCAUAAGCCGGACGCCUUGAAAUGGUUAUCACAAGACGAUCCUACCUUACCAGAUUGGUCCAAUGUCUUGAAAAGAGUAAUAUGUCACAAGAACAACUUUGGUAAUAAUCCUCUUCACAUUGCUGCUAGAGUAGGCUAUGUUGAAGCCGCAGAGCUACUUGUAGGAGCAUAUUCACAAGGCCAAGACCAAGGUGAAGGCGAAGAUCAGCCACCUUGGUUACAACAGAACAAAUACGGGGCCACUCCUUUGCUUAUGGCGCUCGAGCAUCGUCAGGAAGCCGUGGCCUUGUGUUUAUUAAAAGUUGAUCCGGCUUCACAGUGUAAGAUAGCUUCUAAAAGCAAGGAAAGCCCGCUUUUUCUUGCUGUCCAAAACCGGUGUGUUAAAGUAGCAAAAGAAAUGAUAAAAUCACACAAACGAUGGAAUGUGCAUGAUGUUGCUUUACAUACUGGUCCAAACAAACAAAAUCCUCUUCAUGUUGCUUCAAACUGCUCAGAUAUUGCAGAUGUCCUGACCAGAUCUUAUCCUGAGUGGGCAGAAAGCCAGGAUAUAAAUGGAAAUACGCCCCUAGACAAAGCAGCAAAAGCAGGUAAUAUGGAACUAAUUAAGUCACUAAUGGAGUGUUCUGGAUCAGAGAAUGCACCUAAAGCUUGGAUCAAAGCCUGCGAAGGUGGCCACACAAAAGCUAUCCUCGAGUUUAUAUCAAUUCAAUACGGGAGAUCUGGUUUCUUGGAGCUUUAUGAGCAGCAAACUGAUACACCUCUGCAUCACAUCUGCUUAAAAUGUGAAAAGGAGUAUGAUGAAUUCUUUAGUAUUCCCGAAGUAGAAACACUGAAGGAUAAGAAAGAUAAGGAUGGCGCAACACCAUUGCAUCGGGCCAUAGAACGAAAGGACGAGUAUUUGUUGAAGUAUUACUACGUAAAGGAUUCAAUGUGCAAGCGUUUGGGUUUGAAUCCAAGAAUAAGAACAAGCUAUGUGCAACCAAAGACAAACUUGGGGGAAAUGCGAGGCACAAUGUCUGUAGUGGCAGCACUUCUAGCCACAAUCACAUUCGCAGCUGGUAUACAAGUUCCUGGUGGGUAUAAAAACAGUUUGGAAUAUGCAGCUCUUGGAAGAAAAGGAGCUUUCCUAGUGUUCUUAAUAUCAGAUACAUAUGCAAUGUGUUGUUCUCUGCUGGUCUUGUUCUGCCUUAUCUGGGCCAUGGGUUUGGAUCCCGAUAAAUCACUACUAUUAAUCGACCUCAGUGUUACUAUACUCCAGCACUCUCUGGUUGGCACUCUGCUAGCAUUCAUGACUGGAGUUUUCGUAGUAGUGUCUCAUGAGACCUUGUGGGCAGCCAUUGUUGUAAUUUUUAUGUGCUCUUUAGUCCCAUUCAUAGCCUACAAGAAGAUUCUUUUGAAACUACUUCAGAAGUUCAUCCCUACAGCACAGUGAAGUUAGGAGACUUGGAAGGUAUUUAGGUUCAAAGAAUUUCAAAUUCGUAGGUACCAAAAUGUACUCUGAAGGUCUUCUAUUCAUAGUAUUUCUAAACUUUAUCAAACAUCUUCAUUGAAUUUCUUUUUUAUAAGGCCACGGGGUGUACUAGCACCAUUUCUAUAUUGGUAAAGCUCUAAUCCUGAGUAAAAUCAGAUCAAUUAGACAUAAAGAUAAUGAGUCACUGAGUCAAAUCAGAAAAAAUCGGACUGGAUCACCAGAACCUUCAAAAACCAAAUCAGAAUAUCUUAAAUACUACGUAAUAGUAGUAAGUAAAAAAUUAAAGAACAAAGCCUCUCAAACCAGAUACAAUAAGAUAGGCAGCCUUUAAGGACAGACCCCUCUAACCAAGUGAACAUGAAAAUGUAAACUAAACGAGGCAAGUACUCAUGUAGUUUUAGACUUUAGUACAAUAAAAACCUUCUCAAAAAAAAAAGUACAAAAGUAAAUUAAUUAUAAAAAUAAAUAAAUAAAUAUUAGCUACUUACACUGAACAACAAUCUCUACCCUAAGUUUUGCUUUUCCUAAUAAGUAUUACUACUCCAUAUACACGUUUACAUCAUAAAUUUUCAUGCACUCAAAAUAGAUAACAGCGGCAUGGACUCCUUUCUGAUACUUGCUACCCCUGCAUGUCAACAGCCCUUCAUCGUUGCUUGAGCAUUCAUACAUACCCUAUGUUAAAUUUAUCUAUCUAUACCAACGUUCAGACAGCAGAUGCUUUGAGUUAUCUCAGCAAAUCAGCAGUACGUGCCACACUGAUCAGGCAAUUCAAAUCGGCACAAAUCUUCAGUAUUUUCUUUGUCACUUCCAUGCCCUUCCCAACAACUGACCCUGCCUCAUCCAUCCUCAAAAAUUAAUCCUGCCUGCCCAUCAUGAACCCCCAUCCCCAGCAAUUCUGCCCCUCUCAGCCACUAACCAUGCCUGCUUUUUCUCUCAAGUCUUAAACGAAUGAAUUCCACCCAAUUGAUCAACUCUAAAGAAUCUGUUACGUUGCUGCUACGCUACCUUGUCUAUGUGCCCAUAGCACUGCGCCACAAACUAAGGCCUGGUGCUGAUACCCCACCCAAGCCCAUGCUCAGGCACCAAUAUUUAACAAGGCCUCACUGUCCCUAGCCAACACAAACCAGAACCACCAGCAUGCAUACCCACAUCAGGCCAACAAAAGUGUGUCAAGUGUAUUCCAUGCACCCCAACACCCAAUGAGAUUUCCAAUCUCACACUACAUUAAAAUUAAUAUGUCAUGGAACACUUCACAGAGACGAAUAAAAGCCUAAUACACCACUCAUCACAUAACAAAAUCAAAGAAAAUACACCCAACAGAAAGCACUCCCAUCUUAACUUCAGGCAAAGCACCCACAUAAGAGCCAAAAGGAAAUCUAGAUACAAUUUUUCACCAUUAGAGGAAUUCAUAGAUUAGCCCUCAAUCCAAUAGACUCUAUAGAUUUCUAACAUGCUGUCUUCCGGUGUAAGUAUCCUACCAAACAAGUCCACUCCAUUUCUAACUUAUAUUUGAUCAAGAAAAACCUUCCUCCUACCCUAACCACCUACCAACGAAAUCUUAAUUAAGUAAUGAUGAAAAGGCAAGGUUGAAGUAGCAACUUUACUUUUACAGCGCACAUUCAGGGAGGUGU